CACGAGCUGCCGCGGGGCCGGCUGGACCUGGCCACGCAGAGCCUGACCCUGGACACCUGCCGGGCGCUGGGCGCGCUGCUGCCCAAGGAGGCCCAGCUGACGGAGUUGGUCCUGAGCGACUGCAUGCUGAGCGAGGAAGGGGCCACACUGCUGCUCCAGGGGCUGUGUGCCAACACCAUCCUCCGGCUCCUGGAUCUGAAGGGCAACAACCUUCAGGCCAAAGGGGCUGAGGCUCUGGGCAAACUCCUCCGACAGAACAAGUCCAUUCAGAGCCUCACCCUGGAGUGGAACAACCUGGGUGCCUGGGAAGAUGCCUUCGCCACCUUCUGCCGGGCGCUGGCGGGCAACCUCACCCUGCGGCAGCUGGACCUUCGCAACAACCAGAUCAGCCACCAGGGCGCGGAGGAGCUGGCCCUGGCCCUGAAGGGCAACACCAGCCUCCAGCAGCUGGACCUGCGCUGGAAUAACAUCGGCCUCCUGGGCGGCCGGGCCCUGGUGAGCUGUCUCCCCAGCAACAGAACCCUGUGGAGGCUGGAGCUGGCUGGGAACAACGUCCCCAGUGACGUCCUCAGAGCCGUGGAGCAAGCCAUGGACCACAACCAGGACCGGGAGGCCACCGUCCGGGAGAACCGGGCCCGCACCCGUGUGCUCAGCAAGGAGGUGCGGCACCUGCGGGAAGAGAAGUCCAAGCAGUUUCUGGACUUAAUGCAGACCAUCGAUAAGCAGCGGGAGGAGAUGGCCAAGAGCAGCCGGGCGUCGGCAGUGCGCGUGGGACAGCUUCAGGAGGCCCUGGAUGAGAGGCACUCCAUCAUCAACGCCCUCAAGGCCAAGCUGCAGAUGACCGAGGCCGCCCUGGCGCUGUGGGAGCAGAAGGCCCAGGACCUGGGGGAGCUCCUGGCCGCGGCGGGGCAGGAGCAGCAGAGCCUGGCACAGAGGCUGGCCAAGGAGCCCCGGCUGGAGCAGCAGGAAGCUCCUUUGCUCCCAGAGCGCCUGGAGCUGGAGAAGAGGAGGUCGCGGCAGAGCCUGGAGGACGCGGAGCAGCUGCGCGCCAAGGAGGUGGAGCACAUGGCCCGCCACCUGGAGGAGAGCGAGCGGGCCCUGCAGGAGCGGGUGCAGAGGCUGGAGGCCGCGCGGCUGUCCCUGGAGGAGGUGAGCACAGGCCGGCGCCGAUGGGACGGGGCAAACCCCGCGCGGCCUCCCUUGACGGCGAGUGGCCACCGGGAGGCGCUGCUGGACCGGGAGAGCGAGAACGCCUGCCUCCGCGAGAAGCUGCGGCUCCGGGAGGCGGAGAUCGCGCGCAUCCGGGAGGAGGAGGCCCAGAGGGCCAGCUUCUUGCAAAGCGCGGUCCUGGCCUACGUGCAGGGGUCCCCCGUGAGGGCCCUGAGCCCCCAGAAGUGAGGGGCGGCGAGGAGACCCAGGAGCGGCAGGACGGUGGCGUCUGGCCGUGCCGGGCGAGGGGUGCAGCUGGUGCCGAGAAAUAAAUUGCAAGUGUAA